AUGGCUGGUCUUCCCGAAAUUCCUCGGUUAGACUUUUCGCUCCUGUAUGAGGCAAAACAGAAUGGCUUGUCCGAUACCCAAGCUAGGCGUCAACUUGCGCAGGAACUCCUCAAUAGCCUCAGCUCGUAUGGGGUUGCCAAGAUCGUUAAUCAUGGUAUCCCCGAAGCCAUGAUCACCGAAGCUUUCAAUAUGGCAGGUCCCCUUCUCAGUAAGAGAUUCUAUGGUCUUAGCCCCGAGGCCAAGGCUGUGGCGAAACACCCAGAAGGUGCCAAUCCGCACCGGGGUUAUGCACGCCUUGGGUUGGAGAGAACCUAUGGGCUGAAGAAUGGCACGGAUGAUCUCACAACCCGUGUGGAUGACCACAAAGUUGGUGUUCUAGCCCGCUUACGUUGUUUUAAUGAAGAUGAAGUCACUGAAUAUUCCCGACAGGAGUCAUUCGAUAUAGGCACUCCCACCGACUGUUCCAACGCAAAUCGAUGGCCGCGAGAAGAGGAUCUGCCCGGAUUCCGCAAUACAAUGGAACAAUUCUUCGAAACCUGCCACGAGACCAUGACUGAAAUCAUGGUCAUGUUGAUGCAGGUGAUGGGCAUUAGCACAGAAGACAUUGUCGCUCUUCACAGCGCCAAGGCCCACGAGCUCCGUUUGACGCAUUAUGUCGCCGUGCCAGCCAAACUCAUCGAGAACGGGAAGAAGCUUCGAAUUGCAGAGCACACUGACUACGGAACCAUCACACUGCUCUUUCAGGACACGAUUGGAGGACUGGAGGUCCAAAACCAGACGACUGGUCCGGAGUUCAUCCCGAUCCUUGAUGCAUCUCCAACCAUGAUUGUCAACAUUGGUGACUCGCUCCAGAGGUGGACCAAUGCCAGUCUCAAGGCUGUCGUGCAUCGGGUUGUCAAACCAAUGAGGCAAUCGGAUGAUGACGAGGCGAUUCUCCCUGCCCGGUACUCUAUUGCCUUCUUUGGGAAGCCCAACCGGGAUGCAUCUCUGUCUCCCUUCCCUGCAUUCCUCAGCGAUGAGCGGCCAUGUUUGUAUCCGCACAUUACUGCUGGGGACUAUAACCAGUCUCGGUUGCUCCAUCAGUACAAUCAUACUCAAGCAUAG